GGAUCGUUGUUGAGAGAGCGAAGAAAAAAGAAAAAAAAAAAAUGGUGGGAAACGACUGGGUGAAUAGUUACCUAGAGGCGAUCCUGGCAGCGGAACCAGGGAUCGGCAAUUCCAAAUCGUCGCUUCUGUUAAGAGAGCGUGGACAUUUCAGUCCCACUCGUUAUUUCGUCGAAGAGGUUAUCACAGGCUUCGAUGAGACUGAUCUUCAUCGUUCCUGGGUUCAGGCUGCUGCUACGAGGAGUCCGCAAGAGCGUAACACGAGGUUGGAGAAUCUAUGUUGGAGGAUCUGGAAUUUGGCUCGUCAGAAGAAACAGGUUGAAGGGAAGAAUGCUAAGCGUGCAGCUAAGCGUCAGCUAGAGCGUGAAAAGGCAAGGAGGGAAGUAACUGCUGAUAUGUCUGAAGAUUUCUCUGAAGGAGAGAAGGCUGAUUUGCCUGGUGAGAUCCCUACUCCUAGUGAUAGCAACACCAAAGGAAGAAUGUCUCGGAUUAGUUCUGUCGACGUUUUUGAGAAUUGGUUUGCUCAACACAAUGACAAAAAGCUUUACAUCGUCUUAAUUAGUCUUCAUGGUUUGAUACGUGGUGAAAACAUGGAGCUUGGUCGUGAUUCUGAUACUGGUGGCCAGGUGAAGUAUGUUGUGGAACUUGCAAGGGCUUUGGGCUCAAUGCCAGGAGUCUAUCGUGUCGAUUUGUUGACCAGACAGGUAUCCGCACCAGAUGUGGAUUCCAGCUACUCUGAACCGUCUGAGAUGUUAAAUCCUUUAGACACAGAUACAGAGCAGGAGCAUGGAGAGAGUAGUGGUGCUUACAUUAUCCGUAUACCUUUUGGUCCGAAAGAUAAAUACAAAGAAGAAAUAAAUUCUAACUACAAGAUUAUGAGACGGAUAGAGGCAGAGGAACUAUGUCUUGAUGCUUCUGAGAUAAUCAUAACUAGUACAAGGCAAGAGAUAGAAGAGCAAUGGCGCCUGUAUGAUGGUUUUGAUCCGGUUUUGGAGCGUAAACUCAGAGCAAGGAUGAAAAGGGGCGUGAGCUGUCUAGGCAGAUUCAUGCCUCGCAUGGUUGUUAUUCCUCCAGGAAUGGAGUUUCAUCACAUUGUACCACAUGAUGUGGAUGCAGAUGGAGAUGAUGAAAAUCCACAAUCUGCUGAUCCACCAAUUUGGUCUGAGAUAAUGCGCUUCUUUUCUAACCCCCGUAAACCUAUGAUACUUGCUCUUGCUCGGCCAGACCCUAAAAAGAACUUGGUUACUUUAGUCAAAGCCUUUGGAGAAUGCCGUCCAUUACGGGAACUUGCUAAUCUGACAUUGAUAAUGGGAAAUAGAAAUGAUAUUGAUGAGUUGUCCACCACGAAUGCCUCUGUGCUGCUCUCUAUUCUGAAGCUAAUCGACAAGUACGACUUAUAUGGUCAAGUGGCAAUGCCUAAGCAUCACCAACAAUCAGAUGUGCCUGAAAUUUACCGUUUGGCAGCCAAAACAAAGGGAGUAUUUAUAAAUCCAGCGUUCAUCGAACCAUUUGGACUGACUCUAAUCGAGGCGGGAGCUCAUGGGCUGCCCACUGUUGCAACAAUAAAUGGAGGACCUGUUGAUAUUCAUCGGGUUCUUGACAAUGGUCUUCUAGUUGACCCUCAUAAUCAGCAAGCUAUAUCUGAUGCUCUGCUGAAACUAGUUUCAGACAAACAGCUAUGGGGAAGAUGCAGACAAAACGGCCUUAAAAACAUCCACCUAUUUUCGUGGCCAGAGCAUUGCAAAACGUAUUUAGCUCGGAUAGCUUCGUGCAAGCAAAGACAUCCUAAAUGGCAGAGAGUUGAGUUUGAGAACUCAGACCCUGAUUCACCCAGCGACUCUCUUAGAGAUAUACAUGACAUCUCCUUGAAUCUAAAACUUUCCUUAGAUGGCGAAAAGGGUGGAAGUAAUAGUGGUGUCGAUACUAACUUGGAUGCUGAAGACAGCGCUGCUGAACGAAAAGCUGAGGUGGAGAAAGCUGUUUCAACCUUGGCACAAAAGAGCAGAUCAGCAGAGAAAGUCGAUUCCAAGAUGCCGACCUUGAAAAGGAGGAAACAUAUCUUUGUCAUUUCUGUGGACUGUGGCACAACCUCAGAUCUUCUCGCAGUGGUGAAAACAGUUAUUGAUGCUGCAGGAAAAGGCGGCUCAAUAGGAUUCAUACUCUCAACCUCAAUGACUAUAUCUGAGACUCACACAACAUUGCUUUCUGGAGGGUUGAAACCACAAGACUUUGAUGCUGUUAUCUGCAACAGUGGAAGUGGACUCUACUUCACGUCCUCUGCUUCUGAGGAUAAAAACGCUCUUCCUUAUACACUCGAUGCAGAUUACCAUUCCCAUAUAGAGUUCCGCUGGGGUGGAGAGAGUUUGAGGAAGACUUUGAUCCGCUGGAUUAGUUCUGUUCAAGAGAAGAAAAAGGCGAAACAAGGAGAGAUUUUAGCUGAAGAUGAGUCUUCUUCUACCAACUAUUGCUUAUCCUUCAAAGUGAAAGAUCCUGCUUCGAUUCCUCCAAUGAAAGAGCUGAGGAAAUUGAUGAGAAUUCAAGCAUUACGCUGCAAUGUAGUUUACUGCCAAAACGGAGCUCGGCUCAAUGUAAUCCCUGUUCUUGCUUCACGAUCGCAGGCCCUUCGGUAUUUGUUAGUGCGAUGGGGCAUUGACUUAUCAAACAUGGUGGUGUUCGUGGGAGGUUCAGGUGACACAGAUUAUGAAGGCUUGCUUGGAGGAAUUCACAAAACAGUGAUACUAAAAGGCCUAGCCAGUGACUUGCGUGAACUACACGGCAACCGAAGCUACCCAAUGGAGGAUGUGACUCCACUGGACAUUCCCAAUGUCACUGAAGCUGAAGAAUGUGGUCGUGACGCCAUUAAGGCCGCUCUAGUGAAGCUUGGGAUCAGUCUCCCCAAGCCCUGAGGCUGUUUUUUUUUCACUUAGUAAUUGUUGAACCAUUAUGGGAUGGGAUGAUGGCGAAUUGAUAAUCAUAACGGACAACAAAGUACAAUAUACCACACUAAGAUUGUAGCCAAGUACAAAUUUGCGUACUUGACUUUUUGUGGUGAAAUAACCUUUCUUACC